AUGUCUGUGACUAACAUUUUAAUCAUUUUAAACUUGGGUUGUGAGAUGUUGUAUGUGAUUGAUCAACGACUUAAGGCGCAGUCCAUUCCGCUGGAUAAAUCCGCACAAGUUCUCCGUGAAAUCACCGAGGUACUGUUGGACCCCAAGUUUCUACAUUACAUUUCAACGGCUUAUCAACAAAGUAUGUUGACGGUUCAACAAACACGAAUCCUACUGACAGACAUUGCCUGCUGCUCGCUAAUGCGUUUGGAUGUGAGCUCCAUGGACAAGCUGUGGGAUCUCAUGGUGAUGAUAUUCAAGUGGCAGAUGUUUUUGACCAACAAAAAUGCUCAAAUGCUACUGGAUCUAACAUUUCGCCAUCUGGACGGGAUUGGGCGUUUGAUUCCGGAGAUGCGUAAGCAAAUUUUGAUUGAUAACGUGAAAAAAACUCUCAUUGAACUGUGGGAACCCUUAUGCGAAGAUGAGCAAAUAAUCGUGCAUCGCAAAGUAUGUAAAUGGUUAAAGCCAUAUAACACGAAAAUAUCUAUACUUAUCCGCAUGGGCCUGCAGAAAUCAAACGGAGAAUUCGAGCCCGAACCGAAAAACAAUAUUUUUUAUAACUACUACAUAAACAACAUUGGAGAAAAUGUCUAUUCUAAAACAGCCAACCUUACCGCGCUACGAACUACUAGUGAAUUGAACAAUUCGCCCGGUAACUCAGGCACGGAUAUGAUAACUGCUGGACAUGAAAUUGACACACUGGUCCAACAGUUAAACAUUCAUCAUGAUCCGACAAGUACUUCUAUUAACCCAAUACAGUCUACUCAAGUUUCUCAGUCCUCUUCACUCCAUGGAGCUUUGAACGAGAUAGUGAUCGCAGAAGGAAACAAUCACAGUGAAUCGUCCCACUCUAGUGUAGAGACCCAAAAAUACAAGCAUACAUCCAAUGACGAUGAAUCGUUGUGCCUAGGUAAUGUACAAAACAUCCCCCAAGAAAGCAAUUUGACAAAAUUGAUGAAAAAAAUUAACUUGGACAAGGAAGAUUUCAAGGCAGUUGAGGAAGAUACUACUGAUACCAAUGAACAGCUCCUACAAAUGUUUGAUCAGAAAUAG